GUCUAGCGCACUAUCGAUUAUCUUCCUUUAUUUUGGAGAUAAAAAGGAGACUGGAUAAAAUGAGAGGUUUCAGCCUCCUUACUCUUAUAGGUCAUGAUGCUAAGCGAAUAACGCCCUAUUUUUCUUUUUAGGGGCAAUUGGAUAUUCCCCCAAAACCGAAAAAAGGGAUAAAAACGCCGAAAAAGUAAUGCGUCACUACAUAUCUCUUAUCAUUUCUUUCUCUAUAAAGGCUGAAGUUGCCAAGAGCUUGGAUAAACUAAUCGAGGUAUGUACUUGUCAGCUUUACUCAAGCGGAGAAUACUAGGGAGGUCCUAUUUAUGGAAGGAGUUGGUGAUGGAAUUUUUUCUCGAGGUCGGUUUUGUUUUCUUAGGCCCUAUUUGUUUUGAAGACUUCCACAUUAGAGCUUUGAGAACCUUGUUUAUUUGCGUGGAGGGCUACUCAUUGGGUCGUUGUAUGGGAUGCGAAGAUAUCGUGAGAUGCUCACCCUCUGAUUCUGAUCAAUCUCCCAUCCGCAUUUAUCGCAUCAUGCACCACUCCAUCUCACUUUUCUUCGCUUUUCUUUCUCUCCUCCCUGGCCUUGCUCGAGCAUGUCUCGUCUACUACGCAACCUUCCCCUUCGAUAACGAUAAACCGUUUGUAGGGAAGAUCAUUGAUAAUGGGGUUGAAACGUGCUCGAUUAAUAUGACGUAUAAUGAACAUUGGAGGUGGCAGGCGUUGGAGAAUGAAAAGGAUUGGGAGAGGGAGGAAUGGGCAUGGAAACCCUGGCACUUUACAUGCACGAAGAAACUCUGGCAGGGAAAAAUGAAGGGUAAUAAUACGGACCGCACAUAUGCAGCGGAACUCGGCGUUGGUCUCCGCGGCGUAACGUACCGUGCGCAUGGAGAGAAAUUUUGGUUUAAUCCGGAUACGGUGGAGGAUGUGGAGGGGGAACGAUGGGUUUAUAGUAAGAAGUUGUGGUGUGCGGGGAAGUAGGGUGGGGAAGUAUGGGGUGAGGUUGUUGGAGUGGGGUUGAUGGGUUGGUUGGUGGGAUUUGUGAAAGAGGGAAGGCGACUUGAAGCGUUGAUUGCGGUGAGAGUGUGGGGGAAUAUAUCGGUUCUUGGGUGAGAGACUAAUGUUUCCUGUUUUUUCCCAGAGUGAAGUAAUCACGAGUGUGCGAGAGGUGAAGGCCAUGGAUUCUUUCUCUCCGGUGUAUAUCGGUUGACGAAUUCAUGAAGUAUUUUUCUACAAUCUUGGAUUCUAUCACUUUUAUA